AUGGACAUGCUAUCCCGAAGCCUUGCCGUCCGCCUCAAUAUUGAUCACACGGCCCUCGUGGAAAGCAUGCAGGUGUUGACCGCUUCCAUGCCGGAAAAGCUGUCUUUCCACGUUGUGACACCUGUAGUGGUCGACGGCUGCGCUUCGGCAGGCAGUAUCGCUUACGAGAUCGGCUUGGGGAUUCGUAAGCACGAGUUGAAGGUCUUGACGCAGGACGGUCCGACUGCCGAGACGCUUCUCAUGCUCCUCAUCUUCGACCUUGUCCCGUACGGCGAACGGCAGUUGCUUCGGCUGGCCGGCAUCUGA